AUGGGGAACUGCAUAUCGUUCAUUAGUUACUCCAGAUUUAAAUUAAGAAAAAAGAAGUACGAUCAGUCCUAUGUCAAUUCCAACCCCGAGUAUGAGCGCGCAGCUGAUAGUAAUGCCUACGGUAGAAGUGAAAAGAUCCGAAUAGGGAAGAGCUCUGGGGGACACUCGAAUGUGUACAACUCCAGCCGGAGUAGCGGCAGCCUUAAUGGGCCCCAUAAGAACGGUUCAAAGCAUGUUUACUCUAGCAACCCCAGCGACAGUGACCAAAGUGAGGAAAAAAUCGACAAACAACGUGGAGCUAAUGAGCAUAUUAGCGACUCCGCCAGUGACCAAUACGACGUGCUGAUGAUAAACGAGAAAAACAAAAACAAAGGGAAAAAAAAAGCCAAACAGAAGUGUAAAAAGGGCAGCAAAGUUGACCCAAAGGAGUUAUACACAAAUGAAGCAGAUAAGGAUGAAUCCAAAUCGAAUAUGAAUGGCAAAGUAGAAGUGGGCACGUCCAAGGGGAAGAAUAAGAAAGAGGUUCCCAAAAGUGAUUCCCCAAAUGAAGAUAAUGCCGAAGCGACUGGAAUGUAUAAUCACCAUGUAGACGCGCCUUCGAAAAAGAGCUCGGAAUUUUAUAGCAACUCAAUUAACACCGACGAUCCGUACAAAGAAAACAAAAGAGAAAAUUUACUCAACAUAAAAUACAGCAAUAUGAUUCUAAAUGACAUAAGAGAUGUGGACAUCAUUGUCGUUUUUCUCUUUAGCCUGUUCCUCUACUUCAAUGCUAACAAUAUAGUGGAUAUGCUGGACCCAAAUAAAAAGGACAGAUACUCACUCAAAAAUUCAUUGAAUAUAAACCACGAUGUUAUAAAAUUCCCCACAUUCCCCAAAGAAAUUAUAAAUAGCUUUUUAAAAAAAGAUUUUACCCUGUUAAAGAAGUACAUAAAAAAUAAAUGCAACAAGUUGAAAAAGAAGUAUAAGAAUACUUAUCUGAAGAAGGUCGGGAGGAGUGACCAAGAGGGCGAAGGUGAACAGAAUGGACAAGUGGAUCAGAAGGAUGAAAAAUAUGAGAAAAAGAAAAACUUUAAAUACGAAUUGAAGAAGAAAAAGGAAAAAUGUUCCUUUUCGAAAAUUGUCGAAUCGGUUAAUAGAAACGAAUGGAUUCAAAGAGACAUCACCGAAAUACCAUGUGAUCAGAAUUUGCCUGAUCUCAAUAUAACCUUCAUCGUUAUGGGGGCCUACUGCUUGUACCAGAAGAACACCAAGCCAUUUCAAGAUAAAAAUACCUUCUUUUAUAAAUCCCCCUCUUAUACAUGUGAUGCUGAAAUAUCUGUUGCUUGUAAAAAAGGAAGAAAAUUAGAUUUCCCCAAUCAAGAUGAUUUCACGAUUAUUCAAACAAAUGAAUGGAUAUUAAUUAUGGUAUUCGAUGGACAUGGUCCAUCAGGACAUGACAUCAGUAAUUUUGCUCAUGUCGUCCUUCCCCUUCUCUUCACAUAUAACAUUGAAAGAAUAUUUGAAAAUCCUGUGCACACUAUGAAGACACUAUUCUAUAUGAUUAACUGCUACUUGGUCAAUUAUUCCUACUGCAUUAACAAUAACAUAAAUCCGAUAAACAUAAACUUCAUCGAUUAUAAUUUAAGUGGAACCACUUGUACCAUCAUCUUGUACAAUUUUGAAACCAAAAAGAUUUACUCCGCUCACACAGGGGACAGUAGAGCUGUUAUGGGCAAGCAGAAUCAGCAGACGAAUGCCUUUAGGGCGUAUGAUAUUACUGAGGAUCAUAAACCAUCCUUAAAAUUAGAGAAAGAUCGAAUUAUUGCUUUUGGCGGGGAAGUGAAAAAGCUGCAGGGAGAUGUCUCCUACCGGGUUUUCGUCAAAAAUGAAAUGUAUCCAGGUUUGGCCAUGAGCAGAGCCAUCGGUGAUAUCACAUCGUCCUUCAUCGGGGUUACUUGUGAGCCCACCAUCAACAUUUUUGACAAAUCGGAGGAGGAUAAGUUCAUUAUCGUCGCCACGGACGGCAUCUGGGAGUUCAUCAGCAGCGAGGAGUGCGUCCAGAUGGUUUCCUGCAAGCGCAAGAAGAAGGUCCACGUUGCCAUGGGUGAGUCCAACGAGCGCGAGAGAGCCCUCAAGCGGACGUGUCGAUAUGGGAGAAGGAAGUGCGUGUCAGCGGAGCAUAUUACCUUCCUCGUGACCUCUUUGCACCCCCACAUUCCACCGCUAACCUAUUUACGCCUCUUCUUUUCCCUGCAGAGGAAAUCAUCAAGGAGUCCUGGAGAAGGUGGGAGAGGAUCGACACCGUCGAUGAUGUAA